UUGGUUUAUUUUUUAUUUUACCAUUUUUUGGUGCUAUAAAAUACCUUGUCUCUGUCAUUUGCGACCCAGCACGGGGGAUUUUCUCUUUGAACAAACCGAAAUAUAUUUUAGGGAAACUUUGCAUUUGCAACCCCUAUUUGACUUUCGAUCUGCUCAGAUCUGCUUUUGAAUCCUCAACUUCUGAAUAGUCAAUAUGGGAGGAGGGUUCAGAGUGCUGCAUCUGGUUAGACCAUUCCUUUCAUUUCUGCCAGAGGUUCAGAGUGCUGACAGGAAAGUUCCCUUUAGAGAGAAGGUCAUCUACACUGUCAUCUCUCUCUUCAUCUUUCUGGUAUGCAGUCAGCUUCCACUUUAUGGCAUACAUUCUACGACAGGAGCUGAUCCAUUCUAUUGGAUGCGUGUUAUUCUUGCAUCAAACCGUGGAACUGUUAUGGAACUUGGGAUUACCCCCAUUGUGACAUCUGGAUUGGUGAUGCAACUCCUGGCUGGUUCAAAGAUCAUUGAGGUGGACAACAGUGUACGUGAGGAUCGUGCACUCUUAAAUGGGGCUCAAAAGUUGUUGGGCAUCCUGAUUGCUGUGGGUGAGGCUGUGGCAUAUGUACUGUCUGGUAUGUAUGGCAGUGUCGGUCAGCUUGGUGUUGGGAAUGCUAUUCUUAUUAUUAUUCAACUCUGCUUUGCUGGAAUCAUUGUGAUCUGUCUGGAUGAACUUCUCCAGAAGGGAUAUGGUUUGGGCUCUGGGAUCUCCCUUUUCAUAGCCACCAAUAUCUGUGAAAAUAUUAUCUGGAAAGCCUUUAGCCCUACAACUAUCAACAGUGGUCGGGGGGCUGAAUUUGAAGGUGCUGUUAUUGCUAUGUUCCACCUACUGAUAACUAGGUCUGAUAAAGUUCGAGCACUUCGCGAGGCUUUCUAUCGGCAGAAUCUUCCAAAUGUCACAAAUUUACUUGCUACAGUAUUGAUCUUCCUUAUUGUCAUCUACUUCCAAGGUUUCCGUGUUGUUUUACCUGUAAGAUCAAAGAAUGCUCGCGGACAGCAAGGGUCAUAUCCAAUUAAGCUCUUCUACACCUCCAACAUGCCUAUCAUCCUGCAAUCUGCCCUUGUUUCAAAUCUUUAUUUCAUCUCCCAGUUACUGUACAGGAAGUACAGUGGUAACUUCUUUGUGAAUCUGUUGGGGAAGUGGAAGGAAUCUGAAUAUUCAGGUGGUCAGUUUAUUCCUGUUGGUGGUCUAGCAUACUACGUUACUGCACCUGCAAGGUUAAAAUUGAUCUUGUUUCAAUAUGGUUCAGUUCACCAACACGGUUCUCAUUUUUUGGCUAUUUUCUCUUCAUAUGUGCUGAUGCCUGGUUUUUCUGAUUAUUCAUGCAGCUUGGCUGACAUGGCUGCAAAUCCCUUCCAUGCUCUGUUUUAUCUGGUGUUCAUGCUUUCAGCAUGUGCCUUGUUUUCAAAAACUUGGAUUGAAGUUUCUGGUUCUUCUGCCAGAGACGUGGCUAAGCAGCUCAAGGAACAACAAAUGGUGAUGCCUGGGCAUAGAGAUUCAAAUCUGCAGAAGGAACUGAACCGCUACAUACCAACUGCAGCUGCAUUUGGUGGGAUGUGCAUCGGUGCAUUAACAGUGCUAGCCGAUUUCAUGGGAGCAAUUGGUUCUGGGACUGGAAUAUUGCUUGCUGUUACAAUCAUAUAUCAGUACUUUGAGACCUUUGAGAAGGAGAGAGCCAGUGAACUGGGCUUCUUCGGCUUCUAAGCUCUAGUCCAUUAUAGGGAAAUUGUUAGGUGGUGCUGUUGAAGAGUCAAUUGGCAAUUUUGAUGAUUGAAUUCAAAGAUGUAAGUAGGUUCCACCUUGUUUAACCACCCCGUCCCCGUGGAUAGAAAAAUUUGAGGUCAAAGAUUGUUAGUCUGGCGUUGUUUUAGCCUUUUGCUUUCUCUUUUACCUGAACUUAUGUAUGGUUAGCAAAGCACGCAGAGACAGAUAAACAGAGUUUUUCCAUUUCAAAAUACAAAAUGCAGUGCAAUGCGAAGCCUUAACGUUAUUUUCCUUUUUUCCUUUUUGUAUGAUUCACUGGGGGCCAUGGCCUUGAAUUCAA